UGCGGUCACACUGACGCUGGGCAAAACAGAAAAUUACGACUAAAAAGCAGCGCCCCGCGAAAAAAAGGCCAUGAACUCGGCAACCAAGGUGGGGGAGAUAUUCACGGCCGCCGGACAGGCAUUCAGCAGACUUGGCGAUCUAACCAUGCAGCUGCAUCCCAACGCGGACUCGCCCUCCGGAAAGUGGACGGACGAGGAGAUCGACAUGCUGCACUCGUCCAUAAUGCGUUUCUCUGACGACCUGACCAAGAUCAGCCUGAGCAUCAAGAACCGCACCGUCUCUCAGAUCCGCCAAGCGCUGAAAAAGAAGGCCUUUGAGGACGCCGGCAUUCCCGCCAAGCAAGUGCCCGUCCAGCAGGUGCAACAUGUUCUCCAGACGCUGCCAACGCAACAGUCGCAGCAAUCACCUCAGCAGCCACCUCCUCAAGUAUUUAAGUCUCAGCCCAUCGUGCAGCAUGUGCAGCUGGUGGCACAGCCCAAGCAGAUCAUACUGCAUCCACAGACCACCACCACGACGGGAACGACGGUGACCGUUAAGCAGUACCAGCAAAUGCAAAAGGCCGCUGCGUUGGCAGCCCAGGCUGCGGCUUCCUCGACAAACAAUACGCCCACCAUCACGGAGAACAUCAUCAUCCAGCACCCUACAUCUACUACGGCGACAGUGGUGCAGCAGCCCCAUGUAGUGUCUACCUGCUCGUCGACACAGAUCGUGGUGCCCGUAGCACCGACUGUGUCCACAGUAUCUACAGUUCUCUCCCCUACGGUGGUGAUUGCCGACGAUGUGGUUAGCACCUCCAAUCCUCCAGCGACGACGGCGGCAUCACCGGCUGGGGCGCCAGCGGGCUUGAAAUGCGGACCAGACGUGUCUAUGACCCUCAACCGCAUCAACGUGCAGGAAAACGAGGUAGACGUCGAGGAGUGCCUGCCGGCCGAGGUGGUUAAGCUGGACUUUGUCAGCGAAGAGGUGGCUGGGUGAGGCCUGAGCCCUCGGAACGGGCUAGAUUUCUACUAUUAGAUCUCUGGCCGCAUAACGAAUCACGUAAAUUAGAACAGACCCGCUACAAAUCUAGAUCGAGAACUCUUAAACAAAACGGUUGAGAUGCCGCCCUAGCCCUAAGCCUAAACUGUUAAGUGUUGUCAUAUUUGAUAUACCUUGAAAUCACCUUGUUCCCGGCCCGAAAGACAAAUGGAUUGUAAGAAAUGGAAGACGAGUCUGUGGAUCGACAGCCACAGAGCGUAGAUAUUAAUUGCAAAGCGGGUAUGCUGCGCCUAGACUUAAAUUUAUGCAAGACACAAUAGUGCAAAGUAUAUAACGACGAUCGUGUGUAAGUUGAAAGUGAAUAAACGAGCAUUAUUUUAA